AUGAACAAGCUACCACAAGGCCCACCUACAAAUCCUUCCUGGCAGAAGACACUGGGUGGAGAGGUGGGGAAACCAAGCUUCCUUAUCAAGGGCCUUUUAUAGCCCUCAAGACCAAUUUCAAUGAGAUGCAAAGGGACACAGCUGAUUGCAAUUGAAACCACACUCUCUACCUCUGAUGGGAUGAGAAUGAGAGGGAGGUCCCAAAUGGAUGCAUCAUAUUAUAUUUUAAGGUUUGACAAAAUGUACUUUUGUGUCUUUGUGCAAGGACACAAAUGCUGGCAAAUCUGACCUAGCUUAGGCAUCCUGGCAUUAGUUGGGACUUGGACAUUGCAACAAAAUGUUGCAGUGUAACAGUAACUGGGCACAAUAGGGACCAAUGUCAGGUUCUGCACUUAGGCAGGAAGAACCAGAUGCACAAAUAUAGGAUAGGGGACAUCUGGCUUACUAGCAGUACAUGUGAAUCUAGGGGUAUCUAGGUGAAUCUAGGUGAAUCUAGCAGUACAUGUGGAUCUAGGGGUCUUGGAGGACCACAAGCUUAACACGAGUCAGCUGUGUGAUACAGCAACAAAAAAAGGUAAUGCUAUUCUUAGCUGCAUCAACAUAAGUCUAGUGUUCAGAUCAAGGGAAGUAAUACCUUCUGCCUUGGUCAGAUCACAUAUGGAGCCAAGUGUCCAGUUCUGGGCUCCACAGUUUAAGAAGGACAGGCUGGAACAUGUGCAGAGGAGGGCGACCAAGAUGUUCAAGGAUCUAAAAACUAAGCCUUAUGAGGAGUGCUUGAAGGAGCUGGGUACGUUUAGCCUGGAACAGAGGAGACUGAGAGGAGAUAUGAUAGCCAUCUUCAAAUAUCUCAAGGGCUGUCACAUCCUGUUCUGGAAGAUAGGACUCAAACCAAUGGCUUCAAGUAGCAACAAAGGAGAUUCCAACGAAACAUUAGGAAAAACUUUCUGACCGUAAGAGCUGUUCAGCAAUGGAACAUUCUCCCUCAGAGGGUGGUGGACUCUCCUUCCUUUGACAUUCUUAAGCAGAGGUGAGAUGGCCAUCUGUCAUGGAUGCUUUAGUUGAGAUUCCUGCAUUGCAGGGGGUUGGACUAGAUGAACCUUGGGGUCCCUGGGCUUGCGGCUGAGGGCAGGGGUUCCUGCUCUAACUUGAGCCUCCAAUUACAAUGCUGGGUCCAGGUCCAGAAGUACCCUCAAGCUUUGACCCCGCUCCUUGCAAGGGAGUGCACCUCCUAAACUCAAGUACUUGGAACAUAUAAUGCCUCUGUCUUGCCAGGAUUCAGUUUCAAUUUAUAUAUUAUUCAAAGUCUUGUCAAAAGGGAAACUGCUCUACAUGAAAUCAUUAGAGCAUGAGGCUGCUGCAUGUAACUGAUUGCUUUCUUAGGCCUGGGAGAAGAAGGGAAGGAACAAUUUACCAUUAUCUUAAAAAACAAAACAAGACAGUCUAAGCAAUAUAUAACAUAUAACUAUAUAAUAUAAUUAGGUUUAAGUUGUUACAUCCACAGGCAACAUAAAUGGCUUUAGCACUGAGAUCUAAAGUAUUGUUGCACCUGCCCCAAUCUCCAAGUGGUACUAGGUUCCAGGAGUUUGUGUUUCCUUUAAGAAUGAGUAAUUUUGUAUGAAAACUGUUCUAAUGCAAGUUUACUAAGAAGUAAGUCCUACUAUAUUCCAUAGGAUUCACUUACAAGUAGGACUGAGGGAGAAAGUUGAUUCAGUACACAUUUAAAGGUAAACUUACCUAAUUUGCAAACCAAAACGCAGCUGUGCUUUGAAAUUCACACUUCUCCACUUCUCCAAAUUUGGUCAUAAAUAAUGUGUACAAAAAUGCACAUACUAGGGGAAAGUGUGCAUAAAAAUGCAUAUAUUAUUGAAUAUAAUAUACCAAAAUGCAUUGCAUUAGGGGAAAUUGCUUUGCAAAAAUGCAUAUAGUAGGAGAAAAUUGCAUUAAAUUGCUGAAGACAUUUUUUAAAAAUGCAAGAUCUGAAAAAAGAGACAAUGCACAUACUUUUGUUAGUCAAGAGAAUCUUUAAUAUUUUUUUUUAAUGCAAACUGCUGUGGAAAUAUGGAGAACUUAAAAUUGGGAAAAUGAAAAAAUGAGAGAAACCAAAAUUGACAGCUUCAUUCCUCCUUACUGCUGCAGCCUGUUGCUCUUUUUUGGGCCCCAGAAUUUCUCCUGCCUUAAGCAGCCAUUCUCUCCACAAGUGAGUCACCUUCCAUUGCUGGCUCUCCUCCUUCAGCUUCUAGUCAGUGUCAUCGGGAAAGGCUGAUAAGGAAAAAAUAUUGGGGUCCGGGAUUACUCCGUUGCCCAGCUUGUUGGGCUGCCAUUCCCCACGAGUCCCUCUGGUCAGCAAAAGGAGUCUCCAGUUAGAUUAAAGAAGCAAAACAGCAGUCAGUAAACCUGAUCUUUAUUUGUUGCAACAAGGCUCAAAUACACAAAGAGUAGGAACCCCGAGUGUGGGGUUUCGUGGACUUUUAAGACUCCCUCCCCCUUUCCCAUAAUACAUUUCCAAUAGCAGCAUCAAUACAUCACAGAUAUGACACAGAAGAGGAGUGGUUGGCAUAAAGAAACAUGAAACUGUCACCCACCCCUGUCAGUAACCCCAGUUUCCCACACCUUUUAACUACCCUCUUCCUCAAAGAACAAUAGAAGUCUUUACUCAAGCCCCCUAGCUGCAAGGCUUUCCUGCGCUUCUCCUUUGAAAAUAUCAGGAUUCGACCCACCAUCCCGAUGGGUUUCUGCCAGGGUUUCUGCUGCCUUUGAUCGCCUCCUGAGGCAGGGGAGACCUGGAUUCCCCCCCUCUUCUGGAGGAGUCAUUAGCCCUUGGAGCCAAGGAAAUCCGUCAAACCAUUGAAUUUUGGCGAUUAUUUGAAGGUUUUACAGUUUUCUAUAUUGGAUCUGAAGAAGUGUGCAUGCACACGAAGGCUCAUACCAAUAACAAAUUUAGCUGGUCUCUAAGGUGCUGCUGGAAGGAAUUUUUUUAUUUUGUUUCUAUAUUGGAUAGUCCGAGGAAACAGAGGAUACACGGUAUCCACUUCAAUUUUAUAGACGUCUUUUCUGAGCCUCUUCAGGCUCAUUGUUCUGACCUUAGUUCAAGGCUGUGGGGGGGACUUGGAAUUUUGGGGGAGUUGUUUAACUGCCCUCCCCCAUCCCUGGUUUUAACAGUUCCCUCCUUUGGAGAGAAAUUUGCUUGGGUUCUGCAGGAACCACAAAUAUUUUCUCUGCAUUUAACUACAGUUCAGACAUAGAUACUACAUUGGAACCUUGGUACUCAAACGCCUUGGUUCCCAAAUGCCGAAAACCCGAAAGUAAGUUCUGGUUUUCGAAUGCUUUCCAGAAGUCAAACAUCCAAUGUGGCUGUCGGGUAUUGUUUCCAGGCCGCCUGCACCAAUCAGAAGCUGUGCCUUAUUUUUUGAAUAUUUCAGGUCAAACAGACUUCUGGAAUGCAUUAAGUUUGACCUUUUUGUUUUUGAGGAUUUUUUGCUUAUUUUGUUUUGUGACUAUGUGGAACCCAGUUCGGCUAUUGAUUGAUUGUGUGACUGUGGAAAUGGAUAAAGGCAAACAAUGACUAUCAUCAUUGUAGGUAAGAUAUUUUUUUUUUAUCAUCUGCAAUACUGUCUUAUUUAUUUUAUAGUACAAUACAUUUAUUAUUGCUUUCAUUUUAUGGAUCAAUGGUCUUGUUAGUAAAAUUCAUCUUAAAUUGCUGUUUUAGGGGUUGUUUUUAAAUGUCUGGAAUGGAUUAAUCCAUUUUGCAUUACUUUCCAUGGGAAAGCACACCUUGGUUUUGGAAGGCUUUGGUUUUGGAACGGACUUCCAGAAUGGAUUAAGUUUGAGAACCAAGAUACCACUAUAGAUAUUUCCCACCCCCCUUUGGUCCCAUAAGUUAUAUAGAUAUUCAAUAAAUAAUAACCUGGUAUCCACCUUCCCAGAUGUGUGGUUUCAUGUAAACCUGAAAGGGACUCACAUGUCACGCCUGUUAAGGCUAUUUGCAAGUGAAGCCAUACCCGUAGGUUGACACGGGAUAUAAUGUACAGUAAAAAUGACAUAUAUCACAUUGUCUCAUUAGAUUACUUAUGUCAUUCUAGCACUCUGGGAGAGACAUUCUUUCAGUAAUGGUCUACCCUUUAUGCUUGGCAGGAAGAUCCAAUAAUAAGUGGGAGCUGCAGUUUGGUGUGCUUCUGUUUUCUCAGCACAUCCCUGGUGUUAGGGCUUUCAUUGACCAUGUCACCUCCCACCCAGCACAGGUUUGAACAUGUUGUGAGAUAAUAGUAAUAACCAAUGAAGGAAGGCGGUGAAGGUCCUAUGUGAAUGUCUGGAGGUGGUUGGAUGAUGGUGGCUAACAGACUGAGGUUGAAUCCUGACAAGACAGAAGUACUGUUUUUGGGGGACAGGGGGCGGGCGGGUGUGGGGGACUCCCUGGUCUGAAUGGGGUAACUGUGCCCCUGAAGGACCAGGUGCGCAGCCUGGGAGUCAUUUGGGACUCCCAGCUGUCCAUGGAGGUGAAGGUCAAUUCUGUGUCCAGGGCAGCUGUCUACCAGCUCCAUCUGGUACGCAGGCGGAGACCCUCCCUGCUCGCUGUCUGUCUCGCCAGAGUAGUGCAUGUUCUGGUUAUCUCCCGCUUGGACUACCGCAAUGCAAGGUUAUAAAUGCAAAUAUUGGAAGGGGGAAGGCAGGUGGGAGGGGGAGAUUUGCAAUAGAAAGACUGUGGGUGGUGGAAAGGGACACACUCCCAUGGGUACUUCUCUGCUCCAAAUGACCUCCGCCCCCAAGUCUGCCUCUGACUGGGUGCCGAGGACAACUAAAAUGAAAUAGGCAUCCGUUUUAUGAGCUGCUUGCAUCUUUUCCACAGGUUUCUGGCAGCUCUUUGUCAGAAACGUAACGCGGGGCUUAGAUGGACAUUUGCUCUGGUCCAGCAGGACUCUUCUUUUGCGCUUGAACCGCCAAUGCUGUCGUUUCAGCACCGGAACUGAACUAGCUCGCAACUCAUUGUGAUUUUUUCUUCCUGGUCGAUGUAUCGUGCCUGGUAGUGCCAUUGUACAGAGGUUGAUGAUAGGAUAUCUUUUUACAUUCUUUGUUAGUCCGUAACAUGGUCAGUGGGUGAGCUGAAGCCAUUUGCUCUGCUACCAGCUGCAUUUACUAACAGUGUGUUGGCUUCGGUUGCGUAUAUAUAGAUGCAUGGUUCUGCCAUUUGGCAGCGUGGUAAGCUAUUCAUCAUCAUCGUCGUGGUCCUGGUGGUCUGGUUUUGCAAUGCCCAGGAGGCUCAGCAGCCAUUAUGUGUUGAAUUGCUGGGGCCCACCCACGCCAUCCUUGCCCCAUUCCAGGGCGACUCCCUUUUGGCACAGCUGCAUCUUCAUGCACCCCACACCUGAUGUUAGAUGGGUGUGGCUUUGCCACGGGCGUAGCCAGGAUAUUUGUGGAGGGGGCAGGCUUUUGUUAGGGGUGCACCAAGGAGGUGCAGAGGGGGCAACUGCCCCCCAUUAAGCAAAACAAUAGAAAUACUUAACUUACUGACCAAUCACGUCGGUUCUGCCUCCCCCCCCGCAACAGAAGUCCUCCCCCCCAACAUGGGGGGCUGACUUUUGUUAGGUGGACACACAACCUAAGAUUUGUAUUGAUUUGUAUUGAAUUUUACUGAUUCAGUUGCCCCCCCCCCCCCAUGGGCUUGGCCAGCCUGGCCGCGCAGGCCAAAUGGGGGAGGCUUGGCGCGUAGUCUUAGAUGGGGCUCGUCUGCCCGGGAGAAGGAAGACUCUGGUCCUAAAACUCGGCCGCCUUCUUUGGGAGAAGAGGCGGCUGCGGAGGGACUGGAUGACCCUCGGGGGUCCCUUCCCCCCCCACCCUUCCGGCGAAGGAGGAGUUAAGCGCCCUUCCCCGCCCCGCCCCCAGGGAGUUCCCUCCUCGGCGUGCGACGUCAGCGCCCGGGCCCCGCCCACCUCGGAGGCUCGGACAAGAUGGCGGCGGCGGCGGCUUCGCGGCGGCAGGUAGGGAGUUCCCCUCCUCGCUCGGCGGGGCGGGAGCCCGGCGCGGGGCCUCGGUUCCCAGGACACGCGCACACCCGUGUUGCGGGGAGUCGUGGGAAUCCGCGGGAGGCGCGCGCGGGCCCCUUUCCCCUCCGGAGGGCGGCGGCGUCGGGGCAGGUGAAUGGGGCCCCUCGGUGCGGUGGCGCCGCCUCCCCGCGCCCCGGAAUGCUGCCCGGCUGGCCUGGAGCUGGCCUGGGGCUUCGCGGGGCUGGAGCCGCCUCUCCUCCAAGGCAGCCCGAGACACUGCAGCCCCGGAGGCCAGCCACAAAAUGGCCAAGGGAGGAAGGGCCGAGCGGAGAUCGGAGCGGGAACAAGCCGAGACCAGAGAUCUCCCUGGGGCCCUGUGGAUCCUGCCCCCUCAGCCUCGGCUCCUGCCUUUCCCUGGCUGGUUUAGGCCCACGUCGACCUCUGCCUCCGCUGGUGGCCUGGGCCUGGGCCUCCUGGCAUGAGGGGUCCCUCUCACCCCCAGGCUGCCCCCCACUCUGCAUGUGGACGCAGCUGCAUUUCAUGCAGAAAGUGUGCAGGGGGGGAUGUGAUGCUUUCCAGAUAUUGUCAGACGCCAACUCCCAUCAGCCCCAACCAGCAUAGCCAGUGGUCAGGACAAUUGGCAGCUGUAGUCCGCCUCUCUGGGAGGCAACAUAUUGGCUGCCCGUGGACUACAGGAUCAAGACUGACAGUUACCUGCAAGAGAUAUUUUCUUUCUUCACAGUCCUUGCCCUAAAAUCAACUGGCGUUUCAUCUCCAAAUUAGAGAUCCCAAUAUAGCAGUUGGCCUUGUUCCAAAAGCAGUGGCAUUUUUGGUGCUAGACAAUAGACCCCUGUAUAAAGAGGCAGUUGCAUCUGAGACACACUAAGCAGUUGUGUUGCAGCUUUGGUGUUGGUGUGUGUGUGUGUGUGUGUGGGGUUGUCAGCAAUGCAGCAGGUGCAUUCGUGAGAUGCAGCUUUUUGAGCAGUGGCUUCCAAGGUUUCGAUAAAACUUCAAAAGCAAGUUAUAGAAGUAAGCAGCCUCUUACCAGUUUCACUUUUAGUCAGGCAGUGAUAGUGUUAUUCCUGCAAGCUUUUGCAGAAUUUCAUGAUAAAUAAAUUGAGGUUUGAUAAUAAAUAAAUUCAUUCAGAUAAAUUCAAGAUCUGCAGGUGUCCUCUAGCCUACUCUGAAAGAAGUUGUAUUUCAAGGUCAAGGGAUCCCAGAGCCAGCCUUAUUUUAGCUGCUACAUCCUCACUUCACAAAUCUUGUAAUAAUCCCAGUUCCCAGCUGCAAACCUGUGUCGUGUGUUUUCUGUUUCAAUAUUGGGACAGUAGCAGCAUGAUGCGCCCAAUGCCUGUGAUUAAUUGGCGCCUGAGUGACGGAAGUGCUAAUUUAUUUCUUUCAAAAGAACACACUCCUUGUGAACAAGCCUCCCACACUAGCCUCUGAGGUCUAUCAGAGAACAGUUUGACAGCCAAGUGGGGAGGGUCGGGGACACCCCUUUAUUCUGAUGGAAGGUAGCCUGCUGUUGCCGGAGCUGUAAUGACGGUGUAGCUGCAGAGUGGAGCUUACAGCCAAGACUCCCUGAGGGUGGACCUGAAGCAAGCUGGUACUGGCAACUCCAGGAAGCCCCAAUGUUUAUUCUCUCUCCACCCCCCCCCCCCAAAACUGGAACUGAGCAGAUGAAAUUAUCCAGGGUACAGCUGCUCAAAUGUCAAGUUCUCGCUGCUCCAGGGUACUAUUCCUGCUCAAACAUUAUUGCACAAAAAGAAGAAGGAAAAGCUUGUUUGCUGUCACUUGCCUUUGGUUUUUCUCCUCACUUUGCUGCUAGCAUUCAGCAUCUUCAGGCCCUUCAUGGUGAUUGGCUGUGUGUAUGGGGUUCAUGAAAAGCUGCGAAUGACUUGGGCAAAGGAAGGGUAAGCUUGCGAGGGGUAGCUAAUGCCGCAGAAGACAGAAUUGGAAUUCAAAAUGACCUUAACAGAUGGGAGAACUGGGCGCAAGCUAACAAAAUGAAUUUCAAUAGGGACAAAUAUAAGCUGCUGCAGUUAGGCAGGACGAACCAGAUGCACAAAUAUAGGAUGGGGGAUACCUGGCUUACUAGCAGUACAUGUGAAAAGGAUCUGGGGGUCCUAGUAGACCACAUGCUUAACAUGAAUCAACAGGGUGAUGCAGCAGCAUAAAAGGCUAAUACUAUUCUAGGCUGCAUCAACAGAAGUCUGGUGUCCAGAUCAAGGGAAGUAAUAGUACCACUCUAUUCUGUCUUCGUCAGACCACACCUGGAAUACUAUGUCCAAUUCUGGGCACUACAAUUUAAGAAGGUUGUUGACAAGCUGGAACAAUGUGCAGAGGAGGGCAACCAAGAUGGUCAAGGAUAAAAAAAACAAGCCUUAUGAGGAAUGGUUGAAGGAGCUGGGUAUGUUUAGCCUGGAGAAGAGGAGACUGAGAGGAGAUAUGAUAGCCAUCUUCAAAUAUCUUAAGGGCUGUCACAUGGAGAAGGGAGCAAUCUUGUUUUCUCCUGCUCUGGAGCGUAGAACUCGAAUGGCUUCAAGUUGCAAGAAAGGAGAUUCCGACUAAACAUCAGGAAGAACUUUUUGGCUGUAAAGGCUGUUUGACAGUGGAAUGGUCUCCCUUGGGAGGGUGGGGACUCUCCUUCCUUGGAGGUUUUUAAGCAGUGGUGGGAUGGCCAUCUGUCAUGGAUGCUUUAGCUGAGAUUCCUGCAUUGCAGGGGGUUGGACUAGAUGACCCUCAGGGUCCCUUCCAAUUCUACAAUCCUAUGGCCCCCACAGGCCUCUGAGCAAAAGAGCAUCAUGUAAUUAAAUAAUGGUUAGGUGAUUUUAUGUGACAGAAACUUCUCUUUAGAACAGGAGUGGGGAAUUUUGGCCCUUCCAGUUUUCCCUGACACCUACCUUGGGAGGGUGGAGGUAGUGGGCUCAUGGGAAAGUUUUGCUUAGCUGGGAGGUUGGGGUGGCUUGGAAGCAAAUAUGGCUGUUUGGCUUUAGAACCAAGGCAGGGUUAAGGAUGCUUAGAAACUCACAGGAUUGGCUUGUGCUGCAAGGGGUGAGGGAAGUCUUUUGUGGUGAAGCCAAAUGCAUAGCAGAUGGGGAUUGUGAAAUUAGAUAGUGAAAUUUCAGGAUAACGGAGCUGAGCCUUCUCAGACCCCUGCCGUUCCCAAAGUUGCAAUCUUCCAAUGCUUUUUUAGCAAAACAAAAUUGGCUGUUGUGGGGUUUGCAUGAGUCUACCUCUCUAUGGUAAAUGGCACUGGCAUGUUCAGCAAAAUGUACUAUGCAGCACAGGAGCAGAAAAUGCAUUAAAGGAACAACAUUUAUGUGUGUGUUUUCAAGCACGAAAACAUUUAUGUCCAACACAUUUCUUUCGUGAAACUUGGUGCUGUGAGAAGACCAGGUAUUUGCUAAUACUCUGCCACCCUGGGGCUGCUUACACUUAAAUUCAGAAUGCAGUUACUUUCCUCUAUAUCAAAAGAGAAUGUGCUUCUCUUAAGCUGGGAACACAAUAAGAAAAUGUCCUCUGUUAACAUGACUCAUCGGGGUGCAAACGAAGUGUUGUCUUCCUGACUAGCUCAGCACUGUGUGAACACACGCUCCACAACAACAGUCAUGCGAGGGAUGACCCCCCAAAAGCAGGGGGGGGCUUUUUCACAUAAAGGAAGUCUUGUUUCAAAACAAGUUAACAUAUAAAGUGAUCACAGUGAGCUUGUUACCUGCUGCCAGCGAUAUGCUUUUCCAGGAGAUUGCGUCAGACAAUCAUGAGGGGUUAGGAAACUGCUGUUUGUGUGAAAGCUAAAUCUGGGAGCCUGUGGGUGCUAGCUUCAUGUGCUGGGUAGCAGAUUGUGCUCCAUAUGAAAAUUCUGUGGGCGUGCACUUCUGUCUGUUCUUUUAUAUUUGUUGCUAAAAAGCAUGCAUACUGUGACAGGGACCUGGAGGUCACCCCUUUUGUUUGCCUCUGGUAUCUUCCUCCUUGCAGGCCCCUGGAUGAGGCGCAGUCAGAACUCCUCCUGCGGCACACUCACGAAUGGCUUCUCCUCCUCCUCCUCUCCAGACCCCGGCCCUUCAGGUGGGGGUGGGAGGGGAGACCUCCUGCCUCUCUCCCACAGCAUGACGACGAUGCUUGCCUCUCGCAGGAAAAGGCUCGGGGGCAGAGCCAUGGCCGAGGCUCGGAGCACCAUCAAGGUGGACCUCCCCAAUCAACAGCGCACAGUGGUGAGCGAGACUUUCUGGCCCUGAGAGGCUGUGUGUGAUCCUAGCUAUUCAGAGAGCGUCUGGCGAGGCAGCGGGCAGGCGAACCUGUGGUCCUGCAGGUGUGGUUGGACCCCGGCAGCACAGCCAACAGUCAGGGAUGAGGAUGAGUCCAGCAAGAGGAGCCCUAACUGGACUAUCAUAUCAUAGAAGGGUAUUCAACACUAAUCUUAGUCAAAGCAGACCCACUGAAGUUAAUGGACAUGACUACUCUACGUUCACUAAUUUCAGUGGGGUUCCUUGGAGUAGGACUUAGCUGAAUAUGUGUGCACACUAUAUUUUGAAAGCACAUCCCACCCCCCAAGAAUUAUGGGUACUUUAGUUUGCUGAAAGUUGCUAAGAGUUGUAAUUCUGUGAGGUGGUAGAGCCCAAAACUUUUUGGGUCUAGGCCUCAGAGGCCGCCAUGACUGGAUUUUAACCAAAGAUGGAACAUCUGUCAAAGACUAUCAGAAAUUCCAACAAGUGUUCUUGCAUUCUAAAAAACUAUUUCUUGUCAUCUUUCAAAAGAAUAUCAUUCUGUGUCAGCUGUCAAACAGUACAGAAAAUUGAAAACAAAUGCUGAGAUGAUAUAUAGCAGCACAUCAGAUAUGGCUCAUGUUUGAUAAUAAAAGUCGCAGAGGAGGAUUUAGAGUUGGUUCAGGGGCGGAGGAUUUGUUGAAACCAGUUAUCACGGAUCCUAAUUGACCUGUUGCCAUGUAGUAAGUCUCAAAGCAAGUAGGCAGGCGCCAAACCAAGGAUCAGAGCCAGAAAAAUUGUGUUGCUCAGCCAAGACCCCAGGAAGCCUAAUGACAGGCCUUCUUUCCAGGAGAGCCCAGUGGCCAGUCCAGGGCCUGGGAGUUCUUGCCCCCAGGAAGAUGCUCAAAGCUGCAUCUUACAGCUUGCCACAUGGGGCCAGUGGCACCCAGAACCAAAGGAUCCUGCUUCUUGCCCCGAUACUAACCAGAUUGCUCUAAGUCUUGGCAAUCUAUUCUAUUCUAUACUGGUCCAUAUUGGGCCUUCUUCAGACUAAUGGGAGGAAGGCAGAGACAGAGUGGAGUUCAAAGCUGCAUGUUGAGAACAGUGUCUGUAAGGUCAGUUCAGCACCAUCUCCCUGUUCACCCAACUGUCUAUAUCCUGUCUUGCACACACCAGUUGCUUCCCUCCUUCCUCUCAGGUGACUGUCCGGCCGGGUACAACUGUCUACAGCUCCCUAGACAAGGCCCUGAAGGUCCGUGGGCUCAACCAGGACUGCUGUGUGGUCUACAGGAAAAAGAGCGAUGGGUGAGUGGCUAUUGUCAGGGAGAGGAGGUGGCUGCUGAGGUUGGCCGGGGAAGCAAGGGAAGGCAGGCAGGGAGCUGAGGGUCCUCAACCUGACUGGGUAUAGGAAAGAGCAAACGAAAUGUAGCACACUGUACCCAAGGCCUGCCCUAUCCACACACAGAAAUUCUGCAUUAUGGGUGUCCAGAUCUGAAGAGUUUUACAUGCAUCUAGUCCGUCAUCCAAAGCAGUCCAUCUCUGGAGGCCAGUGUAGAUUGAGGUCAGCAGUAGGGAAGGCUGUUGCCUUCACGCCCUUGUGGCAGAAUCUCAGAAGCAUCACCCUGGCCCUUUUCGAAAACAAGAGGCUGGACUAGAUGACCCCAGAGGUCUAGUCUUCCCCAACCUGGCAUGCCCCCCUUCCUGAUGCUUUGGACUACAAGUCCCAUCAGCCCCAGCUAUGAUCAACACAGCUAUAAUGGCUGUGGCUGGUGGGCGUUGUUGUCCAAAGCGUAUGGAAGAGCAUCCCAGGUUGAGGAAGGCAGCAUUAGGAGUUCUGUCGUGUGCAUCUCCUGCAAACCUGCCAGGAAGCCCAUCCAGCUGGACAGUGGUCUGGACGCAGUUACUUAGCUUUGUUUUGUUUUUUAAUGAUGUGCUGUACCUUUUGAUCUUUUUUUUCAAUAAAAAUGUUUUACACAGUUGGAGUUUACACAUGAACUUGCAAAGGCUUUCCAGGUCUCCGCAGACAGACACACUGGUGGGGCUGCAGCCACAGAGAAGUGGGGGCUGGGAUAGGCCACGCCCACCCAGUCAGAGUUCAAAGGCCCUUGUGUCCGCCAAAGCUCCCUUGCCCAAUUCCCUGUCUCCUCUCUCCAUCUGCUCUGAAAAGAUGAGCAAGCAACCCUUUCCGGAAAAGAAAAGGCUUUAGACCAGAAGGGGUUCUGCGAGUUCCUGCACAGGAUGCUUGCAGAGCUCAGGUGGGACAGCCUGUUGCCUUAGUGGUAGCAUGCCAGACUCAUUCCCACCCUUAGCAGUGUUACAGGUUUGUGGGUUGCCUUUUUCACCUGUGAAGGGAGUGGGUGGACUGGCAAAGGAGAGCUCUCAGGUGGGGCAGAAGGUGAGCACCAUUUCCUGUGGGUUGGAAUCCAAUUUGAAAUGGACUGUGGCUUUUCAAGCCCAGAGGAAUGCCUAUUCACGUACCCUUCUGCACGGUCCCCUUCCUCAGCCUGCCCCAAAAAGCUAUACCAGUGUCUUCUAGGGUCCAUGCAAAGUUUCAAUCCCAGCUGAUUUGACAGCUUCCCCUUUCCAGACAGAAUCUGGCUCUAAACAUGCUGAAGGUUUUGUUGCCUGAGCUGUUGGAAUAUUUUUAAAUGUUCGUUCCCAGCUCUGCCCACCAGUGGUGGAUGCUUCAUUGCCCCAAGCCCAGUGCAGGGCAGAGGCGGAGAGAUUGCUGUCUUAGUGCAAGGACUCCCUCAGGAACGAGGCAAUGGGACCAUCACCUUUGUGUCCAUCUUCCCCACUAUGGAAAAUGGCUGAUUUCUUGCUUCUUACAGCGUUGCAUUAUGUUAGGUGUUGCAGUAUAUUAACCUGGUGUGCGUGUGGUGGCUAGCAUUAGCAGUCGACUUGGAACUCACCAGAGUGGGGAGAAAUUUCAUGGGGUUUGUCCCCCCCCCCCCGUGCAGUUGAUCAGCUACAGCAGCAUUGUGGCUGUCUCUAGGGAGGAGCUGCAGUAGGUGGCGGGCUUUGGGUCACAGCUGCAUAUGCGUUGAUUCUCUCUGUAGGCGAAAGACCAUCACAGACUGGGAGACGGACCUGGUCAACCUGGAGGGGGCCGAGCUCUCUGUGGAAGUCUUGGAGGACCUGCCGCUUACUAUGCACAACUUUGUGAGUCACAGCACGUUUCCCUGCCAGCACACACAAACACAGACACACCCCAAGCCCUGUGGACACCCAGCCGCCCCUUCCCCACUCCAGAGCAUCACGCGGCCGCUUUCCCCAGCCUGGUGCCCUCAAAGAUGUUCUGGGCUGCAACGCCCCCCCCCCCCUCAGCCAGCAUGCUCACCGGUAAGGGACGCUGGGAGUUGUAGUCCAAAACACCCUGGUGGGCACCCGAAUGGGGAACGUUGUCCUACAGGAAUGCACUAGACCCAGAGGCUGCCCUGCCUGUGCAGUGGAAUCGCACAGCAGAACUGCCCCCCUUGGAGCAAAGGCUUGGAAAUACAGGCCACACUUGUUACACCAAAGGGGCGUGUUUUCUGCAUGCGGGCGACUUGGGCUCCUUUGCCCAGCCUUGCUGGGUGUCCACGCAGCGUGUUGACAGACACACACACAGGCAUAUUGGGAACGUUCCAUCCCCAACUUCUCCCUUUCCUCUGACCUGGACCUUCUUUCUUCUGGGCAGGUGCGGAAGACCUACUUCAAUUUGGUCUUCUGCGAUUUCUGCCUUAAGUUCCUCUUCCAUGGCUUCCGCUGCCAGACUUGUGGCUACAAGUUCCAUGAGCACUGCAGCAGCCGAGUGCCUACAGUCUGCUUGGACCUGGCCACUUCGCAUAAGCCGUGAGUAUCCCCUUUCCCCACAACCCCUCCCCCUGGUUGGAGCACCUGCUUCAGUCCCUGUUCCCCUUGUAUCCAGUCUUAACAACCCGUUUCUCCUUUUCAUGUAGUGUUUACAGCCAUGAUCCGGGGCAGCACCCUCCAUUCUGGCAGAACAGUGUCCCGACUACCCCAGUGCAGCCGAGUCACGAACCAGAGACCCCUCAAGCUGUUGGGUAAGAGCCUUGCUCGCUCCCCACCUGUGCAAGGGAUCGUGAUCUAGAAAUAGCCGCCAGCAGCAACAUGGGACCCACAGCGGAGCAGAGUCGGGCAGCAGGCUAAAUCUGCCACUCACAGUGCAUAUGAUGCAAGACCAUCCCUGUUGCAUUAUUGUGCAGGAGACAUUUGAACUGGAAGCAUUAAGCUAUCACACACCCAGGCUGUUGUGUCCUCCCAGUGCUGUAGUUCAUGUUCUGCAUGUCAAAGGUUCUAGAUUCAAUUCCAGGCAUCCCCAGGAAGGACUAGAAAAGAGAGCCUUCAGAAAACCUGGGGAGUCUUUGUUGGCUAGAUGGACUCUGUGGUCUGACUAUAUAAGGCAGUUUUCUUUGCUCUUCAAGGAAAGCUUGAUUUUUGUUUUAAAAAGCAGGGGAGAUAAGUUUCUAGUCCUUAAGUAUGGGGGACUAGUCCUUAAGUAUAGAAAAGCAUACCCGCACUCUGAGAGGAGAGCAGCUGUAGCCACCAUGUCCAGGGCAUAACUAUCAAGCAAUGACUUGUGCUUGAUAAACUCAAGGAAAAGUCACUUCGCCUCUUCUUUUUAAGUAUAAAUCUGCUAUUAGACCUGAUUCUCCUCUGUGCGCCUGAACUGCUGGAGGGUUAGUGUGCCCCCCCCCCCCAGCUUGGAUGCCAUGUCAUCCCUUCCUCCUCCUCCUCUUCUCUUGCAGCCCAAGAAAGCCGCCCCCCUUCAGCCCAGAUGCCUUCGGCUUCCUCAGCCUCCACGGGGGUGGGCAGCAGCUCCAACGGCACCGCUCAACCUCCACCCCAAAUGUCCACAUGGUCAGUACCACCAGCCCCGUGGACAGCGGCAUGCUUGAGGUGAGGCACUUUGUUGUGGGGGGAGGAGAACUUCACUCUGAAGUUUCUGUCCUGGCUCAUUGGUGGAGCACAUAUUUGACCUUGGGGGGCGGGACCCGUCACACUCCAGGUCUUGGCCUUUUGCUCCACUUUUGCAUCUGGGGUGGCUCAGGCAGUAAGCGGGAGACUCUAAAUGUCAGGGUGGUGGGUUUGAGCCCCACGUUGGGCAAAGGAUUCCUGCAUUGCAGAGGGUUGGGCUAGAUGGGCCUCCUGCCCCUUCCAAGUCUACCAUUCUCUUGCUUUUGUUGGUUACCAUGUGAGGCGUUUUAGUGCUUUUAUGUUGUAAACCACCCUGUGACCCUCAGACGAAGGGCAGUAUAGGAAUUUAAUAAAUAAGAACCAGGACUCUCCCCACUGGCAUUCAGAGAUGUAGCCCUGGCCGUAUGCACAGCAGUGCCCACAAAGUGGCAGAGCUACGCUUCCCAGGUGGCCCUUAAACUGGAUUUAGAGCAGUCUUUAAAUACACAGAGGAGAAAUGCCAUAGGUGAUCUGAGGUUUUGUGUGUGUGUGAGAGUCUCCCAGGUCAGGAGCAAAUGUAACCUAGGGGAAGAUUCUGUCCCAGCCUGGAAUAAUACUGAUGGGUUGGUCGUUGAUGGUGGGCUAGUUCUUACAGAGGUGCUAAAUCUGUAUUGCAGUGGGUUGGACUAGAUGACCCUCGGGGUCCCUUCCAACUCCACAAUUCUAUGAUUCUGUGUACCAUUUCAGACACCAGGUCUGAUGGAAUGCUUCUCCAUGCAAACAAACAAACAAAUGAAUGACUGAAUCCCUGCACAGAGAAAACUAGUGUGCCGGGGGGAAGCCAGGCUAGAACACCUCUCUGAGGUGCUGGUUUUAUCUGUGAAUGGAUGGGGCAGCAGAAGGAGUUGUGUGGAAAAGCAUUCAGUCAUGUGAGCACUCUGAAAAAGUUGAGAGCUGCCCCCAAAUGCCCCCGGAGAAAGGGAAGGGGCUGGCAGACCCCUCUCUCUGCCCCAACGCUUUCUUCUCCAGAGAUGCCUGCCUGCAGAGCUGUUCAUCUUCUGCCUUUUCUCUUCCAGCUCCUAAGCAGGAAUCACAACACAGAGGGUGAGUGUCUGCUGGGAAUGGGGGAGGUUGGUGGGAGUGGGCGGGGGCAGCCCGGAGGAGGAGGAGAGGGAGCCGGGACAGAGAUCUCCCAGGGCAGCGCUGAUUGGGGGCGCCAUGGGGGGAGGUACCAGCUAGGACUAGCACAGGGGGGAUGGACCAGUGCUAGAGGAUCCUGAGUGGGGGACAGAAAGGCCCCCUCCUGCCAGAGAUGCUGCCCGUCAGAGGAGGCAGGCCUGGCCAAGAUGACUGACUGGCCUGACGGUUCCAGAGAGGUUGGGCCUCCACUGUUCCCUCGGCACGAGUGCCAUGCUCAGUUCCCGCCCCACAGAUCCAUGGGCGGGGGAACCGGGGCUCCCUCAGAUGUUGCUGGACUCCCACCAUCCCUGACCGCCGGGUGUUCUGGCUGCAGCUGAUGGGAAUUGUAGUCCUGCCACAUAGGGAAGGUGAGUCACCCCUGCUGGGAAAGGUGAAGCCCGUGGCCGCCGCCACGUCCGGUGGCAGCAGAUUCUAUAUAAGUUGCCUGUGCACCCCGUGAAGAAGAAGAGGCCUCUUCCUUUUGUCAGUCCUGAAGCGCCAGUCAGUCCGUUUCCUUGGUGACCCUCCAAUCUGCCCUCCCUCUCUCCACACACCGCAUUUUGUUUUACCCACCUUUAUCAGAACUCUGCAUUUGGAAGCCCCCAAGCACUUUGUAAGGAAAUGGUCUCCUGUCCACCUGCUUGUGAGGGAGCACCCUGCAGUAAGCCCACCCUCCUUCUCGCCACAGGCCCAGGUGCGCUUGAGCCGCCUCCUUGCACCCCGCCGGCUCCCCCCGUUUCCAGCAUGGCUGCUGUUUCGUCUGGCCGACGCUCCCCUCACCCCAAGUCCCCUGGCGAGUCCCCCAGGGAGCGCAAGGCCCCUGCCGAAGACAAGAAGAAACCUGUGAGUGGGGGGGGGGUGGCACUUUGACAUGGGGCUAACGGAUGUGCCGUGGGCACUUCAAAGGGCUACCAAAUGUUCUUAUUGUGGGGCAAGAGAAUGAACUUCGUUGCCAUGACGGAAGGUGACCCCAGAUCAGUGGCUCUCAGAGGGUCUGGUGUGCCCCCCUGGUGUGGCAGGAGAGGGGGCCGAGGGUAGAGGGAAGAUUCAAGGACACUCAAAGAAGCAUUUAAACAUUUCAGUGUAGUAUAUAGUAUCAAAAUAUAUUUUGGGGGCUUUACAGCCAGAAACAGCACCCCCGCCUCUCUUCAAGAGCAUUGGCUAUUCUUCCGCACUUCUCCAUAACAUAUUGUUGUGAACAGGGAUUUUCGACUCUGACAAAUAAUGAGAGAUGAGAACAGAGAAGGGCUUCCUUGGGUUGAUGAGGAGAUGAGGGUUAGUUUGUUUUAAAUUAGACCUACUAUAAAUGAGACUCCCUGGCAAAAGCAAGCUCACAGCUCUCACUGAAUUUGUGUAUAUACUUAAGGAGAGGCAUAUUUAUAACUAUAUUUUUGGAAGGAUUCACGUUCUUCUGCAACUUGCACUGCUUUAUACUUCCUGGAUGCCCCGAGUUAUAAAUUCUGUGUUAUAAAUCAAGCAGUGCAAGGAGUUGCUUCUUUUUGUUUUCCCGUGUAUUUCUAAUCAAUAAAAAAAAAAUCAGUGUGGGGUGAUCAAAUGUUUAUUCUGAAAGUGUGCCCGAGGGAAAAGAGUUUGGGAACCACUGCUGUCAGGAAACGUGUGGCUAAGCUGCGGGGGCAGAGAGGUUUUGGUGUGUCAGGGGGCUCGGGGGAGCAGGGCCUCCUUGUGGAAGGGCUUGACCCUCUUUCUCCCUGUCCCUGGCCUGCCUUUGCCUCCCUGCAGAAAUCCCUGGGCUACCGGGACUCCAGCUAUUACUGGGAAGUCUGCCACACUGAGGUGACAAUGCUGAAGCGCAUAGGCGCUGGGUCAUUUGGCACUGUCUUCCGGGGCCGCUGGUACGGGGAUGUGGCGGUCAAGAUCCUGAAGGUCACCAACCCCACCAGCGAGCAGGUGCAGGCCUUCAAGAACGAGAUGCAGGUGCUCAGGUAAGCAGGGACCUGUGGGGAGGGGAAGUGAUGCUGGCCAGGAGGCCUCUGACGCCGGCCUCUCCUUGCAGGAAGACACGCCACGUGAACAUCCUGCUCUUCAUGGGCUUCAUGACCCGCCCCAGCUUUGCCAUCAUCACCCAGUGGUGCGAAGGCAGCAGCCUGUACCAGCACCUGCAUGUGCAAGAAACCCCCCUGGAGAUGGUGCAGCGCAUUGACGUGGCCCGGCAGACGGCCCAGGGCAUGGCGUGAGUGUGCAGGCCGGGGCCCUCGGGGGAAGUUCCCGAGUCAGAGGCAGGUGGCUUCUGGAGUGCAGCAGAGAGGGCUGCUGCCUUCAUGCCCUGCAUGGUAUCCGGGCUAGAGGCACCCUUGCCCUGAUGCGGGAUUUGUGCUGCAAGAGGGGUCUACAGCCAGGGAACUUUUACCAGCCCCUCUGGGCAACCUCUGGGGCAAUGCCAACAGUGGGUGGAGCCAGAGGCAAAAGCUGGCAGAGCAAGGGGUGUCGGCUUUACCUUUGUACCAGAGGCAGAUUUCUCUGCUCGCUCACUGGGUGCCCUGCAUCCUCCCCCGGGCAAGUGAGAGGUAUCAGGAAUUCUGAACUAGGGCAGCCAGAUAAAGGAAACGAAAAAUAUACAUUGUUUGGGAACAGCCCUCGAUGGCUCCAGUUCUCCCUCCCUCUGAGCAUGCUGGCACAUGAGAAGCAGGUGUGGUGCCCUUGCGAAUGAGCUUGCAAGCCAAGGAUGCUGAUGAACUAUCUCACUCCAUCUCUCUCUCGUUCUCCCAGUUACCUGCAUGCUAAGAACAUAAUCCACCGGGACCUCAAAUCCAACAGUAUCCUUCCCUUCCACCUCGCCUUUUGUGGCAGGGAGUUUGGCUGCCCCACGGGGCUCCCUGAUGGGUGUUGCAGUGGACAGGGGAGCGGGGGUUGUGCUGGUUUGGCCUGCAUGGCUGGAGGGUGUUUCCAAAAAGGCAGGUGCCCCGCUAGUAAAAGGGAGGUUUUCAGCAUGGAGCUUGGGGGCAGGAUAGUUCAGCACUCCCUGCUCUGGGGUAAAUGGAGCGGCAGGUCCCGCUAGGCAGAAUCCCACGCGACGCUCCUUCACCCGACUGCCCUCAGACAUCUUCCUGCACGAAGGCUUGACCGUGAAGAUCGGCGACUUUGGCCUUGCCACCGUGAAGACGCGCUGGAGCAGCUCGCAGCAGGUGGAGCAGCCCAGUGGCUCCAUACUUUGGAUGGUGAGCUUUUGCCAAGGGCGGGGGCUGCUUCUGGCUGGAAUUGGGGCAGGGGGAAGUUGUGAAGCCAGAGGAGAAAAGGGGUUGGGUGAAGCAGCAGUAUCCCCCCACCCCGUCCCAGCAGACUUUAAUGCCCGCCCUCUCUGGGCCUCCCACAGGCCCCUGAGGUGAUCCGAAUGCAAGACCCCAACCCCUACAGCUUCCAGUCAGAUGUCUACUCCUAUGGAGUUGUUCUCUAUGAGCUGCUCUCCGGGACCCUCCCCUACAGCCACAUCAACAACCGGGACCAGGUAAGGACAGAAUAUGUGUUUGGGGGGCUGGCCAAGAAACCCUCCCAAAACUCUCCCCGGGUUUGUCUCACUCCUUAUUCAGGAUGGCCAAUCAAACGCGCCCAAAGGGAAGAGGUUUAUCCAGAGCUGGUGGUGGUUCUGACUGGGCUUAAAGAGGUGGGGGAAAGGGGGGCCUUGUAUCCCAAGAGGGUCCUUUCUAUUUGUAAUGGGUGGUUUAUUUCCCUCCUUCCAGAUUAUAUUCAUGGUUGGCCGGGGGUACCUGUCCCCUGACCUAAGCAAGGUGCCCAGCAAUUGCCCCAAGGCCAUGCGCAGGCUGAUGGGCGACUGCCUUAAAUUCAAGCGUGAAGAGAGACCCCUCUUUCCUCAGGUGAGUCUGAGGCAGAUACAGGCAUGGACGUGUGCGCUGACUGACAGAUCGUCACAUUUGUAUCCCACCUUCUGAGAACCUCAAGGAACUUUACUUAAAAGUAUUAAACCCAAGGAACUAAUUCUUCAGCCAACGUCACCAUGUUUUAUGGCUCCCAUAGAAUUGCUGCGUGCGCUCAGCACAUCUGUUUAACAACAAAGUACACAUAGUGGUUUUAAAGAGAGAGUCCUAAGGUUCAAACUGCUUUAGAACCACAAGUCAGAAAAUAUAGGUACUGGUAAGGAUCCUCCAGGAAAAUGGCAAGGAACUUUGCACGUACUCAGAUGCACCCUUACCUGCUCCUGACACACAUACCUCUUUCUUUCUUCCUUCCUUCCUUCCUUCCUUCCUUCCUUCCUUCCUUCCUUCCUUCCUUCCUUCCUUCCUUUGAUUAGCUUUUAGUUUGGAGAGCCUCCGUUUGUUUGCAUUUAAUAAUAAUACUACAAAAUGCAGACAUGUUUCCUAUACAAAUUGGGCAAAUUAAGAUCUGCGUGUACUACUUUUGUUUGCAAAUGUCAUUCUGCUUUGGCUAGUUAUGAAAAGUGGGAAGGAGCUUCGCAUUGAAGCACAAACAUACACAGCAAAUCCUGAGGUGGCCAUGUUGGUGUCAUCUGAGGUUGCCUACAAGUUUAAAGCAGGGCUGGUAGGUCUCUGGCUGUGCAGGUGUUGAAUUACAACCCCAUCAUCCCUGACCACCAGCCAGGUUCACUGGGGCUGAUGGGAGCCAGUCCAAAACAUUCAGAGGGAUGCAGCUCACACCCCAUUGCUUUGAAGACCACCAUUGCAGCAAUAAGGGCCAGAGACGUGCUUGCAACAAAACAAAAUGCCAAAGUCGAGUACCUGCAUGGGCCCUGAGACACUCUGCAGUUCCCCACACUGCUGAUUUAGGCCUAAACCUCCACAGUCCAGAACCUGGGCUUGCUAAGGUAGUGUCUGGUGGGGCGGGGCACAGUUCUGGUCUGAUCUCCAUUUCCCAUUCUUCCAGAUUUUGGCCUCCAUUGAGUCGCUCCAACGUUCUUUGCCCAAGAUCGAGCGCAGUGCCUCUGAGCCCACCCUCCACCGGGCGGGUCACAAUGAAGAGCUGACCUCCUUCUGUUUCCCCGCUGCCUUGCGGCUCCACAGCUAA